AUGCCUUUGAUCAGCACCACAGAAGUCAAUGAGGACACUCGCGUCCUGGGAUAUGAUCCCCUCCUUCCCCCUCAGUACCUCCAGAAUGAGAUCCCUGGUAAAAAGGAAUCCCUCGAGGCCGUCCGCUCUGGCCGUAACCAGGCCAUGAAGAUUAUCGAGAAGAAGGAUGACCGUCUGCUGGUUGUUGUCGGCCCCUGCUCGAUUCACGACCCUGCCACGGCCCUCGAAUAUGCCGGCCGUCUGAAGGAGCUCUCCGAGAAGCUUUCCUCCGACCUUUGUGUCAUCAUGCGUGCCUACCUUGAGAAGCCCCGCACCACGGUGGGGUGGAAGGGUCUGAUCAACGACCCCGACAUUGAUGAGUCCUACAACAUCAACAAGGGUCUCCGUGUCUCUCGUCAGCUCUACUCUGAUCUUACCAGCAUGGGCAUGCCCAUUGCCAGUGAGAUGCUGGAUACCAUCUCCCCUCAGUACCUGGCCGAUCUGAUCUCUCUCGGUGCUAUUGGCGCCCGCACCACCGAGUCGCAAUUGCACCGUGAGCUCGCCUCCGGUCUCAGUUUCCCCAUUGGCUUCAAGAACGGUACCGACGGCAACCUCACUGUUGCCAUUGAUGCCAUUGGUGCCGCUGCUCACCCCCACCGCUUCCUGGGUGUCACCAAGCAGGGUCUGGCUGCUAUCACCAAGACCGCUGGUAACGAGCACGGCUUCGUCAUCCUCCGUGGAGGCAACAAGGGCACCAACUACGACCGUGAGAGCAUCAAGGCCGCCCGCGAGGCUCUGGCGGGCAAGAAGCAGUCCGAGGUCGUCAUGGUCGACUGCUCCCACGGCAACUCCAACAAGAACCACCGCAACCAGCCUCUGGUCGCCAAGGAGGUCUCUGACCAGCUCCGUGAGGGCCAGGAUGCCAUCAUCGGUGUUAUGAUUGAGUCCAACAUCAACGAGGGUAACCAGAAGGUUCCCCCCGAGGGUCCCUCCGGCCUGCGCAAGGGUGUCAGCAUCACUGACGCCUGCAUUGACUGGGAGACCACCGUCCAGGUCCUGGAGGACCUCGCUGAUGGUGUUCGUGCCAGACGCGCCGCCAAAGCCGCUCAGGCCAAGACCACUAAUGGCACCCACUGA